AUGUAGUAGCCAGGUUCUAGUGUUAAAUGGCAGCCUUCAUCAAAAAUGCUAAACUAAAAAAAGACUGAAAAUGUUUUCCAGUAAAGGCCUUUUUAAGGAUGUAUCAUGUCCCUAUUUCCUUUUUGGGCUCUGCGAACGGCCGUAUUGUCAUUUCAAACAUUCAAAGCAAGAAGAAGCGAAAGCCAGAGUAGAAAUAGAAAAAUUAUCUAAUCUCUACACAGGCAGUGAUGACAGCACGACAAAUGGUCUACCAGUCUCCUCACUUCAGAGGACUCUGAAGGACAUAGAACAGAGCAUUCAGACGGAGAAAAGCAUUCUGGGAAAUCACAGCAAGCCUAGUGGAGUGACAAAAAAUAAGCCUACAGGAACACCUUCAUAUAAUCCUACACCCUUGAAUGAACUUGAGCAGAAAAAAAACAAGGGUGAACUUGGCUCAGGCAGAUCCAAAUAUGAUCUAGCACUACUUGAUGGACCUUCUUCUGAUGGCGAAUAUGACCCAGCCAGCAACUUCUCAACAAAUUUGACAUCAGUGGCAUCCACCUCAACUCUCUCAAGAGAAUCACCUUCAGACUUUGCUAAGCCUGUAGUUGCAGGAAUCAAACGCAAGUCAGAGACUGAAGAUGGGAACGAGGACAGUUGUAGUUUGGCAAAGAUUCCAAAGUUUGCCUCUGUGAGUUACAGCCCGGCUGUAGCUGAGGGAAGUUUCUCAGACGAAGAGCAUUCUGGUAUUCCAGACGGAUUUUUGUCUGAUGAUCAAAGUGAGAAAGCUAGAGGGUCUGGAUUAAAAAGUGAUACCACCAAGAGUUGUGAUAAAAAGUCGGAUUUAUUAAAGGAAAACAAUGACAUUGCUUUGAGUAAAGAAAUUUCGCCAAUAGAAUUUAACCCAGACGGAACUGUUAAUUAUCCUGAUAGAAGUGCUGAAGAUGAAAAGCUGAAGCCAAAAGGCAAGGAUGCCACUAAUGAAGAUGUAAAAUCUGACAAAUCAGAUGAAAAUAUAUUUAGUUUAUUCAAACAGGAGUUUGAUAGUGUUCUAGAAGGUUGUGCUAAUAUAGAUGAACAAAAACCUUGUAUAAAAACAGACCACAAUGUAAUAAAGAAGUCUCAUUCGUCAGGGAAAUGUCGAGUUACUAAUGACAAAGAAACAGUAUUAGGCCAUAAAUCGUCUCAUCAUAAAUCUAAAAGUGAAAAACAUAAACAUAAAGAAAUUACUAAUUCCCAUGACAAAAUAAAGUCAAGCGCAUGUACUCCUAAUAAAUCUGAUAAUACUGCAAAUUUUAAUCAUAAAGACAAGUCUUGUUCUUCUAAUAAAGAAUCCAGUUCUCAUAAUUCAUUAUCAACCAGACAGAGAAAAGACAGUGAAAAGAGUUCCUCGUCAGUUGUCAAAAAUGGCAUGACAAAAUCAUCAAGCUCAUCAAAAAAACAUAGUCAUAGUGAUUUGAAACAUAAUCAUAGGGAUUCAAAACAUAGUCAUAGUGAUUCAAAACAUAGUCAUAGUAAUUCUUUGAAAUCUGAACAAAAACAUAAACACGAAAGGAUGUCGUCCAAGGAUCAUUCUCGUACCUCAUCGAAGGAUUCUACAGACAAAUCAUCAUCAUCUGCUUCAAAACACAACACAUCCAGUGACAAAAGCUCGAAACAUGGUCAACAUAAAUCUCAUCACAGAAGCAGCUCUAGUCAGUCACACAGUCAUCCAUCAUCGAAAACAAAAUCUCAUUCUAGCUCUAAAUCGAAUAGUCAUCACUCUUCUUCAAAAUCAAAAUCUGCCAAACAGUCUACAAUUCUCUCACCGACAUCCUCCAAAAAGAAGCAGAUUCUGAAUCUAGAUGUUGACUUGUUUGGGGAUAUUGACAGCGACAUAGAGCAGCCGUCACGGACCGCUGACUAUGACUCAGACUUGGAGAAAUUGUUUGAAGAUGAUGAUCCUUUUGAUGAAUGUCUGAGGAUUUUCAAUGAAGAAAAUGCCAAACAGGCUUCAACUAGCGGUGGCGAAAAAAAGAAAUUGAAGCGACCUCAUGAGCCUAGACACUGCCCCUGCAUCUGUGAUAGGCAAGAAGAGGGUUGCUCUAAAAGAGUCGGAUCCGGCCAGGAUGUGCGGAAGAAAAAACUUGAAGAUCGACCACAGCCAAAGCCUUCCCCUGCCCAGGUCAUGUUGAACAGGUACAAGGCCAUGCAGGAAAAAGCACUACAAGAGGAGAAUGAGAGGAAAGAGAAAAUGAAGGCCAAAGUGAAAGAAAUACAGGAAAAAAACAAAGAUACCUUAUCUUCUGUCAGUGGUUUAACCAAGCCAUCUCUAGCCAGUGCCUCUGCUACAUUCACCACAUACAUGGCGGCCCGCAACAAGAAGACAUCAGCCGUCACUGCUGCAAAGGGGAUCCAGCGCCAGGCUCACACACCCACUGUGCCUAUUGCAACUCUCAAGAGGCCAACAGUGGAGGUGAACACCAGCUCCAAGGUGCCCACCAAUGUCCGCCAGAGAUACUUGAACAUGUUCAUAGACGAGUGUCUCAAGAUAUGUCCCAAUGAAGAACAGGCGUACAAGAAGGCUAAGGAGGAGGAGGAGGCUGUGUUCACACGCUGCUCUAACAAGAAGAUCUACCUCAACCUCGUUGUCAACACCAUCAAGCGGUACCGCACAGAGGCCCAGGCACAAAACAGUGGCAAGGUAGAACAGAAGACCCCUGUGAAGCUAUCGCAUGCCUCGUUGCUGGAUGGUUCUGGUCCCGGGGCGUCCAAGACCACAUACACACUGCACCGGUCUGGGGGGGCUGGUAGGGUUCAAGGAGAGGACUUCACUGGUGCUGAGCUUUACAAGAGACUCACGCCGUAUGUGUUGACAGAGGAGCAACUGAAAGAGAACAAUUUCCCUCGCCCACACUCCACCCGUGGGGGAGCGGCCAAGUUCUACUCCGAGGUGAAAACCACUCAGAAAGGCAGCACAAAAGGCUAUGAGAAACUGUGCGUGCGUUGUGGCAAGGUGUUUGAGGUCUAUCCCAACGGCAAGUACCCCGUCAGGCAGGAGUGUGUCUACCACUGGGGCAAGGCUUGGAAGAAGAAAAUUGCAGGUAACAUCGACACAAGGUACACAUGUUGCCAGGGAGACUUGACCUCGGAAGGUUGCCAGGUUGCCAAGCUGCACGUUCAUGAGACCAACAAGCGGGAGAUAGUGGCUGACAUGGAGGAGGUCAACUCGGGCUUCAUGAAGACCAUACCGUGCUCGCCUGCUCCAGACGGGGACUAUGGAGUCUACGCACUCGACUGUGAGAUGGUGUACACAACGAUGGGUGUAGAGCUGGCACGGGUCACUGUGGUAGGUGCAGACCUGGAACCUGUGUACGAGUCCCUGGUGAUGCCUGACAACCGCAUUGUAGACCUCAACACCAGGUUCAGUGGUAUAUCAGAGGAGGACCUGGAGGAUGUUCACACCUCUCUGAGGGACGUGCAGGCUGUACUGCUGUCCCUGUUCACAGACAAGACCAUCCUGCUGGGGCACAGCCUUGAGUCAGAUCUACUGGCUCUCAAGCUGAUCCACAGCACAGUGGUUGACACCUCGGUAGUGUUUCCUCAUCGUAUGGGUCUGCCCUUCAAGAGAGCUCUCAAGAACCUCAUGGCUGAAUACUUGAAGAAGAUCAUUCAGGAUGACGUCAGCGGCCAUGACAGUUUGGAAGAUGCAACAGCAUGUCUGCAACUGAUGCAGCACAAACUCAAGGAUGAUGCAAGAAAGGAGGGGAGGAGACUCUCUACAUAGGAGACACAUCAGGGAUAUAUCAUGAAAGAUUAUUAUACAGAGAAUAAAUCAGAGGAAAGGACUGUUAUAACUAGUUUUAUCAGGGGAAAGGUCUCUAUAUAGAGAAUAAAUCCGAGAGGACUGUUGUAUCAAUCAGGAGAAAUGAAGUGUAUGUAGUGAUACAUCAGGGGAGAUGACUCUACAUAGAGAUACAUCAAGGGAGAUGACUCUACAUAGAGAUACACCAAGAGAUGACUCUACAUAGAGAUACAUCAAGGGAGAUGACUCUACAUAGAGAUACAUCAAGGGAGAUGACUCUACAUAGAGAUACACCAAGAGAUGACUCUACAUAUAAUGUACAUCAAGGGAGGACAUCAUGUGUCUGAGAUAUUGUAAGAGUGCUCUCCCACUAGGCAGCAACUGUCUACUUACUUGGUUUCUUGACUGACCAUAUUAAGUGGAAGUUACCAACUUACCAUUGUUGUAUAACAUUUUUAGCUCAUCUAUUUUUUGAAAAAAAAAGAAGAGCUAUUGUCAUCACCUUGGCGUCGGUGUCGGUGUCGGCGUCGGUGUCCGGUUAAGUUUUGCAUUUAGGUACACUUUUCUCAUAAAGUAUCAAUGCUAUUGCAUUCAAACUUGGUACACUUACUUACUAUCAUGAGGGGACUGGGCAGGCAAAGUUAGAUAAUUAUGGCUUGCAUUUUGACAGAAUUGUGUGCCCUUUUUAUACUUAGAAAAUUGAAAAUUUUGCUUAAGUUUUGUGUUUAGGUCCAUUUUAUUCCUUAAGUAUCAAAGCUAUUGCUUUCAUACUUGCAACACUUACUAACUUCAAGAUUUCAAGAUUUAUUAGAUAACAUGUAAAUAAAGGCCUCCGGCCCAAAAUACAGCAUUCAUUUACAAUAACAUUAUACAAUUAUAAAUGCCACCUUGUAUACAUUGUGAUUUUACACUUGUGUUUCAACAAUAUACACAAUAUUAUACAACACAAAAUAUAACAAAAACAAAAAGUUUGUAAUCAAGGUAAAUUUAUAUUCCCAAUGACAUUCAUUAAUUUCGUAACAUAGAAAGUUAAUUGUUUUAUAACAGUGAUAUCAGUGCUGCUCAUUAGAAUAUUAAAUGACGUUUCGUUUCUUUGGCCGUUAUACCAAUUAUACAAAUAACUUGUUCUUAUAUCUGUGUACUGGGGGCACUCAAAGAAAGCAUGGAAUUCGUUCUCCGAUACAUGUACGUCAAAUCUUGUUAAACAAAAUAGCAUGUUCGGUUUUCGCGCUGUACGUUAAAAUGCCUUCCAAGCUCAAUGUUCAAUUUAUGAUUGGAACACCUAAAACGAGCAUAUGCGCGACGUGACUUAAAGGGUACAUCUAUAGUUAAAUAUUUCUCCGGAGUUAAAAGUGAUUUAAAAAGUUUGUAAGUGUCGCAGCGCGGAGAUGCAUUUAUCUAAUUGUGCCAGUCUUGGGUUUUACAGUCUUGUAUACGCUGUUUAAAAUAUUGUAAAAGUAUAGUCAUAUCGCGUACGUCCUGGGCAACCCAAACAAAACCAAAACCAUAUUUAAAUAAGAGUUCCUUCACAUAUGUUGCCCAAUUUUUCUUUCCAAUAUCGUCUAAUGACUUCAGCAUUUUGUAACAAUUAACUGGAUAUCUAUGAUUAGGCAUAUGAAGUAAAUGACACCAGUAUUUUAUGCAUUUCAGAUAAUACACACAACAAAGUGGUAAUCUACCACACUCCCCUAAGACCAUGCUGUUAUUAACCGUCGAACCGACGCCUAAGAAAUAUUUGCAAAAUUCUAUUUGUGAUCUUUCUAUAUUAUCACAGUAUUCAUAACCCCAUAUUUCAGCCCCAAAUGUGAGUAUGGGUACAACCAUAGUGUCAUAAAGUUUAAAAAUGUCACUAUGGGUAAAAUAACCAAAGGGAACUUGAAACUGUUUGAUAGAGAAGAAUGCUUUGCGUGCUUGUGCCACCAACUUGGAUUUAGCAGCUGUCCACGAUAGCUUUGGAGUAAAUAACAGACCCAUAUAUUUAUAAACUGAAACGACUUUAACCUUUUGACCAUUUAUAAACCACAUUUCAUAAUUGCGUAAAGGACCACCAUUGCGGAAGACUAUAAUUUCGGUUUUAUUCAUGUUAAUCUGCAUACCAGUAUCUUCGCAAAAUUUUGCAACAGCGUUUAAAUGUAACUGAAGGUUAUAUGCUGUGUCCGCGCAAUUAGCUACGUCAUCAGCAUACAUCAAACAAUAAAUAUCUGGUAUGUCAUUGAUUAUAAAUAUUCCAUGACUACAAUGUUCCCUUAGAUAGCUUACUAAAUUAUUUAUAUAUAUUGAAAAUAUUAUCGCCCUGCCUGGUACCGAUGUUACAGCGGAACGGUUGCGUAAUGAUACUUCCUGAUACUUUUACAUGUGCGCGUAAAUUUGCGUACAUCGAUUGCAAGACAAUUAGGAUCUUGCCGUUCAUACCUUUGGCAUAUAAACUGGUAAAAAGUUUGAAAUGAACCAAUGAAUCAAAUGCCUUUUUGAAGUCCACAUAUAGUACGUAGAAACGACCACCAGGUUUAGACGUAUAUUUUUGAAUCAUGCUCUGGAGACAAAAAAGGUUAUCUACAACCGAGUACCCAGAUCUAAACCCGGAUUGUGACUCUUCUAUGAUGGUGUUUUUCUCUGCCCACUCAUUUAUGCGGUCAGUAAUUAUACUUGAGAAAAUUUUAUACAUGACAUUAAUCAGUGAAAUUCCUCUGUAAUUAGCCGGUUCUUCCUUACUGCCCGAUUUAAAUAUUGGGACUAUAAUACUUUCGCACCACGAUUCUGGAAAUAUACCUGUAUCUAAAAUUUGAUUAAAAAGACUAUUCAAGAUCGGAAUUAUAAUAUGUUGUGUGUUUUUAUAAAAUUCCGCUCCAAUCCCAUCUUUACCGUGUGAUUUACCAGUUUUCAGCUUAGAUAUACUGAUCCUUAUUUCUUCAUCUCUAAUUGGUCUAUUAAAAGGGCUAUUAACAUCAUAAUCGUCACUGUUAUCAAAUCGGGUAUUAUGAAUUGGAAUCUGAUCAUUACUGUAAAGUAAAGAUUGAAAGUAAUCUCGCCAUUUUCCAGGGGAGAUAGAAUUGCUUGCCGUUUCAGGCUUUGUAUGCCCUCUUACUAGUUUCCAGAACGUUUUUGGAUUAUUGCUUGAUUUUAGCAGUGAAAAUCGUUUUUUACGUUGAUACGUGCAUAGUUUCGCCUUGCACAUGUUUUUGAAAGAUGAUCUAGCUACUUUAUAGUUUAAAAAAUCUACGUUAUUAUUUGUCGAAUGAAAACGUCUAAGAAGAGAGUAUUUCUUUCGUUUUGCUAACAUGCAUUGCCUAUCCCACCAAGGCUCUUGUUUUUUACGCAAUGGGUUAUUAUGUAUAAAAAUCAUAUUUUCGGCAGAAAUCUUAUAAACAUGUAUUAUUUUUAAAGCUGCAUCGUUAACAUUUGUUCGGAUAGUACUUAGAAUGUUAUCUUUCGAAGACGCGAAGUUACGCGUAAAAUUUUCUAUGAACGUCUCAUAACCAUAUUUUCGCCAGAUAUAACGGUCAUAACUUAUCGUGUCGGAUAACUCGACUUGCUCCUCCUGCAAUUUUUCAGAAGUUCGGAACCUUAACUGAGCGUACAAGGGGAAAUGGUCAUAAGGGGACUGUGCAGGCAAAGUUAUGUAACUCUGACUGGCAUUUUGACAGAAUUAUGUGCCCUUUUUAUACUUAGAAAAUUGAAAAUUUGGUGAAGUUUUGUGUUUAGGUCCACUUUUUUCCUAUAUUAUCAAAGCCAUUGCUUUCGUACUUGCAACACUUACUAACUAUCGUAAGGGGACUGUGCAGGCAAAGUUAUGUAACUCUGACUGGCAUUUUGAUGGAAUUAUGGGCCCUUUAUACUUAAAAAUUGGUUAAGUUUUGUGUUUUGGUCCACAUUAUCCCCAAAGAUUCAUAGAUAUUGCUUUCAUACUUGGAACACUCGCAAACUAUCAUAAGGGGACAGUAAAGGACACGUUGCAUAACUCUGGUUUUCAUUUUUACGGAAUUAUGGCCUUUUUUUGACUUAGUAACUUUGAAUAUAUGGUUACAUUUUGUGUUUAGAUCCACUUUACUUCUUAAGUAUCAAGGCUAUUGCUUUUAAACUUUAAAUACUUUCAAGCUAUCAUGAGGGUACUGUACCUGGCAAGUUGAAUUUUACCUUGACCUUUUAAUGACCUUGACUCUCAAGGUCAAAUUAUUAAAUUUUGCUAAAAUUG